AAACCCCACCAUCUUUCUCCUUCAUGUCUCCUCCCACCCCUGUAUCCCUAUAAUCAGUUAUAGUGUCUGUGUGUGCCAGCAGCCCAAGCAGUGACGUACACAUAAAGCGAAGCGAGUGCGCGCAAUUUUUUGGUUUGUUUGGAGUUUUUUUGCAAUCAAUCUUUUUUGUGUGCAGUUCUGUCAUCCUAAUCGUCUCUUCUCUGGAAAACUAUGCUGCGUUUGACUGCUGGUCGUGUAGGGGGGCUCUUGUCCAGACGGACAGUGGCUGCAUUCAGCUUUGGUAGUGCCAGGAUGGCCAGCCGUGGUCAUGAUGUGACUGAGCAGGCUGAUAUGUCUCUGCCGAUGUACUGUGACCGUCUGGACACUCCUCUGCCAGACAGACCAUACCGCGAGACCCUCAGUCCUGCAGACAAGAGCCUGAAGCAGAAGGAGAAAGGACCGUGGAACAACCUCUCGAAAGAAGAGAAACUUGCCUUGUACAGGAUGACGUUUAACAUGACAUACGCAGAGAUGAAGAGACCAUCCAGUGAGUGGAAAACUGUGUUAGGUGGAAUUUUCUUCUUUAUUGGGUUCACUGGUCUGAUUGUUCUCUGGCAGCGGUUUUAUGUAUAUCCCCCUCAUCCACGUACCCUUGAUGAUGAGUGGCAGUCCAUGCAGGUGAAGAGGAUGCUGGACAUGCGGGUGAACCCUGUGGAAGGUUUCUCGGCUCAAUGGGACUAUGAGAAGGGCCAGUGGAAAUAGAUGAAGUUAAUGUAGCUCUGAGCUUCAUACAUCAAAGCCGUGUGUCUUAUCUGCCAAUCACCUUAGUCUUCAUAUGAUGUAUGCCCUUAAAACAACUAUUUGAAUGUUACCCAUUAGGAAACAUGUAAAUAAAAAUGUAUGUGACCAGAGAAAUGACUGUUACAAAGUUAACUGAUUAAAGUAGCUUUAUAAAUGUGUAUUUUUGAUUUACCAAGAAAAGAAAACACACAAUGAUCACAAGAUUAAAAGCGCUCUGUGAUUUCA